CCACUAACAUGACCGUAAGAGGAACAUCAUGUCUUUGAAAACAUUUUCCUGCAGAAUUCUGGAUAAACUUUUAAACCACGGUGUCGUCGCUUCCAGGAAACCGCUCAGUGCACGAGAUGCAGCGGCUGCCGUGCUGGGCCGGAGCUCCGCGCGGGGUUAUUACAACUCCGGGGAACGCAGGUGCCCAGGAACCGGCGGGGCGGCCCGCGUCCAGGUGGUGGACCUCCGCAGUGACACGGUGACCAAGCCCGGGCCGGCGAUGAGGAAGGCCAUAGCAGAGGCCGAGGUGGGAGAUGACGUAAUGAGAGAGGACCCGACUGUGAACGAGUUACAGGAGAUUGCAGCUGAUAUGUUUGGGAUGGAGGCUGCCCUGUUUGUUCCCACUGGUACCAUGAGUAACCUCAUCGCAGUGAUGGUGCACUGCAGGGAGCGAGGCGACGAGAUGAUUGUGGGCGACCUGUCCCAUUUACACAUCUAUGAGCAGGGAGGGAGCGCUCAGCUGGCUGGUGUCCACGCAACCACAGUGACCACUCUUCCCAAUGGGUCAUUUGACUUAGAGCAGCUGGAAUCGAAGAUCCGCCACGGUUACCCCGACCCCCACUACCCCCGCUCACGCCUCAUAUGUGUGGAGAACACACACAACAUACAGGGAGGGCGUGUGCUGCCUCUGACCUUCCUGCAGGAGGUUCGUGCUUUGGCAGAUAGAUACGGUCUGUCAGUUCACAUGGACGGAGCCAGGGUGAUGAACGCUGCUGUGGCCCAGGGGGUGCCUCCAUCCACCAUACUGCAGCACACACACACCGUCAGUGUGUGCCUCUCCAAGGGUUUGGGUGCCCCUGUAGGAACCAUGCUGGCUGGACCCAAAGACUUCAUAUCCCGAGCGUUGCGGUGCCGUAAAGCCCUAGGUGGAGGGAUGCGGCAGGCUGGUAUACUGGCGGCAGCGGGGAAACUGUCUUUGCUGGAGAUGGUCGGAAGACUGGAGGAGGAUCACCGUAAUGCAAAAACCUUUGCUCAAGCUUUGCUCGACUGUGACCCUCCUCUGUUCGCUGUAGACAUGGCCGCCGUGGAGACAAACAUUCUGCGUUUCCGUCUACAGGAGCCCAGUUUAAGCCCGUCUGAGUUCUGUGCCCGCAUGGGUGAGGUUGGCGAGGGAGAGGAGGCAGCACUGGGACAGGGGAUACAAGCUCUCAUGUACCCCUACUUUGGAAAUUCAGUACGGGCUGUUUGGCAUCUUGGGAUUUCCCCUGAAGACACCCAGCUGGCCAUCCAGAAAAUGCAAUUUGUGGCGUCUCAGUUCUCGAAAGAAAAACUCAGGGCCCAGUGAAACCUGUUGUUUCUCAAGACAUAUAGUUGAAUCACUUGGACUGAUCGUCGAAAAUGUACACUAAUGUAGACAGAGACUGCAGAGUGUCAAACACAGGACAAAUACUGUACAACAGAAUCACUUUGGAUGUCUUUAUAUUGUUAAAUUCCAUUCAGUUUUUUGUAAUUCUUAUUAAAUCAAAUGAAAUACUGUCUCUUGUACAAGUU